CCCCAUCCUUUUCCACAUCCCAGCAUCAACAACCUCCAAAUCCAAAGUACACACACACACUAAUCAUCAAGUACACAUCCAGGCCAACAAGAAGCUACCAGAAGAAAGCAUGUCGGGCGUGUGGGUGUUCCGGAACGGAGUGGUGAAGCUGGUGGAGAACCCGGCGUCGGCGGCCGCGGCAGCCGGCGGGGUGGUCCGGCGCAAGGCCCUGCUGCACACGCCCACCGGAGAGGUGGUGGCCUCCUACGCUUCGCUGGAGCGCAAGCUCACCGCGCUCGGCUGGGAGCGCUACUACGCCGGCGGCGGCGGGGCCGCCGGCGAUUGCAUGCUGAGGUUCCACAAGCGCUCCUCCGUCGACCUCAUCUCCCUCCCCAAGGACUUCGGCCACUUCAGCUCCGUCCACAUGUACGACGUCGUCAUCAAGAACCGCGACGCCUUCCGCGUCAUCGACGUCUAGGCCUAGCUGGCUGGCCAGUUCGACCAAAGGAAGCAUAGCUCGCGCGCGCGCGCGCGUCGCCGCCACCGUCUCUCGCAUAUAUCCAUGACUUCGUCGAUCUCCGACCGUUGAUUUGUCUAUCGUACGUCUCUAUGACUCUAUGUUUGUACGUACUCUUACGCGUGUAUGUAUAUGUUCGUGGUGUAUUGGCGUAUAUAUAGCUUGCUACGUUGUGUAUUAGGCUGUCCAUGGAUAUGCAAGGUUGUUGUACGGUUGUGCCUCUCA